AUGGCUGCCAUAUUACCCGCAGAGGUCAUCGAGCUUAUCAUACACGAGGCGUGGAAGCUCCCCCUUACCAAUAAAGACCGCCUCGCGUUCAUGAAAACAUCCCUAUGCAUAUCAUCACAAUGGUUGUUUGCCUUUUUGCGAGAAUCAUUGACGGACAUCUACUUCGUAUCGCCAAGCUACUCCUACUACCUCACCAUUCCCUAUAGAUACCCUCAGCAACCGCCUCGUAUCUUAACCAUCAACGCAACACAAUUUUCUCUCCACGAUUACUUAGUCCGUCACUGUCGUUCAAUUACCAUCGGACCCACCUUUGGAACAGUGAUGCGAGCCAACUUCAUUGUCAGAAACAUCACGCGAUGUCCCAUGAUUACCAUGCUAUUCGAAAACUACGCUCAAGGAUAUCCUUCCUGGCUAUAUAUCCAGAUCCAGGGCCUUUUCAUUAACGCCCACAAGGAUGGCCACUUGCGGCUGAUAUUUACGUACGAUACAACGGAUAUUGACUAUUCACCUCGUGACCGAUACGCAUACGCCUCAGAGCAGCACUUCUACCAUGCAGACAAAACUAGGAAACCCUGUCGUUGUCGUCCUUUCACUGGUGUGCGGACGCUUGAGAUGAAAGGGGCGAAUCCUUGUGCUGUCUUCCUGACUGUGGAGGCCUGUCCUGACCUCGAGGUCCUUGAGACGGAUGUUGACAAGAGUAAAAUACAAGCAGGCUUUGAUGUUGCUAAUGCUCGUCCCCCAGCAUCAUGUCCUGAAGAAGCAUAUUUCUUCAGUACGGAUAACCGGCAUUAUCCGACGGAGGAGAUGCGAUGGCCCAACAGAAGGAGGCGCCCUUCUCAAAGGAGAUCAGUACUGCAACUGGACCUUCCAAUUUCAGGAGCAGAGGGCUGUACGUCAACGCGGAUUAUCAGGGAGAGAAAAUCUAUCCGGCCUUCUGAGAAUGUUUUGCCACGUAACGGCACCUCGCCACCUGCUGGCGGUGACGAUCAUACAAAAAAGACUAGCUUUGCCCACCGAAUGCGUGCGUUUCUCAGGAUAUUCUGUUUGGUAAUGUCUUUUGGGCCGCUAUCCACAACGCUGGAGAACUCACAGAGAAAUUCAACAGGCUUUCUGAAACUGGAGUCGAUAGCUUUACGCAAGGAGAGACGAUGGAAGGAUCUCUCUGAGUCUCAUGAAAAACAUGGAGACGUUAUGCAUGCACAGACUAAAGGACUAAUUCAUAUGCAAAAGCGACUGCCGGUGAAGAGUGAGCAGAGGAUAAACCAAACAGUUUGCGUGUAA